GCUUUGAAAUUUAAUUAAUAAGUCAUCAGCGCUUUAUUUUUCGGCCAUAAAAGCCACUCGAAGGCGGGGCCAGGCCAACAGUCUUUGUCACGCCAUCGCCAUGAAAUUCCUGUAUCUGCUGCUGAGCAUUUGCCUCUUCCUGCUGUGCACCCCCUGGACUACGGCCGAGACCGUACCCACCAUUGCUCCGCCGAAUCCAACUCCUCCAAAUGGAGCUCCCGUAGAGGCCGGUUCAACGACUGGCUUUCCCGGACCACAAACCGCAGCACCAACAAAGCCUACUCCUACCGUAACCACCAUAUAUCCAAUUUAUUAAUGCAGUAUCUGAUGAUAUUUGAAUUAAAAAUUGAAUUGCAAGCUUA